CCGGCCGGAGCCUCCCAGGCAGGUACAUGGUUCGGGUCCGAGCCGUGGUGAUGGCCCGAGAUGACUCCAGUGGGGGCUGGCUGCCUGUGGGGGGCGGGGGCCUCAGCCAGGUGAGCGUAUGUCGGGUCCGAGGGGCCAGGCCCGAGGGGGGGACCCGCCAGGGGCACUACGUCAUCCACGGGGAGCGCCUCCGGGACCAGAAAACCACCUUGGAGUGUACCCUGAGGCCAGGCCUGGUUUACAACAAGGUGAACCCCAUCUUCCAUCACUGGAGCCUGGGCGACUGCAAGUUCGGGCUGACGUUUCAGAGUCCUGCAGAGGCUGAUGAGUUCCAGAACAGCCUGCUGGCCGCGCUGGCUGCCCUGGGUCGAGGCUCGCUCACCCCCUCCUCUUCCUCCUCCUCCUCCUCCCCUUCCCAGGACACCGCAGAGACCCCCUGCCCUCUGACGUCCCACGUGGACAGCGACUCCUCCUCCAGUCACAGCCGCCAGGAGACGCCUCCCCCCACCGCGGCAGCCUCCAUCGUCACCGUGGAGUCAGCCUCCGGCUUCGGGCCGGCCACGCCGCCCCAGCGCCGCCGCUCCUCGGCUCAGAGCUACCCUCCGCUUCUACCGUUCACGGGGAUUCCGGAGCCCUCAGAGCCCCUGGCCGGGGCAGGGGGCCCAGGCUGGGGCGGCCGCGGCUAUGAAGAUUACCGGCGCGCCGGGCCGCCCGCGCCCCUCGCCCUGUCCACCUGCGUCGUGCGCUUCGCCAAGACCGGCCCGUUGCGGGGCGCAGCCCUGGGGCCCCCCGCAGCACUACCCGCCCCUCUCACCGAGGCUGCGCCCCCAGCGCCCCCGGCUCGCCCGCCCCCUGGCCCCAGCCCGGCUCCUGCGCCGGCCAAGGCCUCCCCGGAGGCGGAGGAGGCGGCGCGCUGCGUGCACUGCCGCGCGCUCUUCCGCCGCCGCGCUGAUGGCCGUGGCGGCCGCUGCGCCGAGGCCCCGGACCCGGGUCGGCUGCUGGUGCGCCGGCUCAGCUGCCUGUGGUGCGCCGAGAGCUUGCUCUACCACUGCCUGUCGGACGCCGAGGGCGACUUCUCGGACCCGUGCGCCUGCGAGCCAGGCCACCCGCGCCCCGCAGCGCGCUGGGCCGCGCUGGCCGCGCUCUCCCUCGCCGUGCCCUGCCUCUGCUGCUACGCGCCCCUGCGCGCGUGCCACUGGGUCGCGGCGCGAUGCGGAUGCGCUGGCUGCGGGGGUCGCCACGAGGAGGCGGCGCGGUGA